UAUAGGAAAGCAGUUAUGUUUAACAAUUCUCCUGAAGAUGGAAGUUCUGUGUUUGGUGUUUGCUUUACAAGUUCGGUGAUUUACAAUUCAGUACGAAUCGAUUCGAAUGACCGGUUCAAAUGAAUGAUUCGCUAAAGAUUCGGAUAUCAGCUGCGGAUGGUGCGGCAGGAGCAGCCGAGAGCGCAGUCUCCGGGAGGGUUUCGGCAGACCGUUAGGCUGUUCACAUCGUCUUCAGACAUGGCAACGGAGGGCACGGAGAUCGCUGAAGAGACCGAGCAAAUGAUAGACCAGAAGGAGCCGGAGAAUCCCGUCUCUGCGGUGGUAGAUUCAAAAGAGAUGCGGGCUGUGGUUCUGACGGGCUUUGGUGGACUAAACAAACUCAAAGUCACCAAGAAACCAAUGCCAGAGCCUCAAGAAGGAGAAGUCAAAAUUCGCGUGAAAGCAUGUGGAUUGAACUUUCUUGAUCUAAUGGUACGUCAAGGAAAUAUUGAUAAUCCUCCAAAAACACCUCUUGUGCCUGGAUUUGAGUGUUCUGGGAUUGUGGAGUCUGUGGGAGAGAACACCAAAGGCUUCGAGAUCGGCGACAGAGUGAUGGCCUUUGUAAACUACAAUGCCUGGGCAGAGGUUGUAUGCUCACCGCUGGAUUUCGUGUUUAAGAUCCCAGACGACAUGACAUUCCCAGAGGCGGCUGCCUUCUCAUUGAACUUUGUGGCUGCCUACAUGAUGCUGUUUGAAGUGGCCAAUCUCCGGGAGGGGAUGUCUGUAUUAGUGCACUCAGCAGGAGGUGGGGUGGGUCAAGCAGUCGCUCAACUUUGUUCCACGGUCCCCAAUGUCACUGUGUUUGGAACCGCCUCGCCUUUCAAACACGAAGCCAUAAAGCAUUCAGUCACUCAUCUGUUUGACAGAAAUCUCGACUAUGUUCCAGAAGUUAAGAAAAUAUCUCCAGAAGGAGUAGACAUCGUACUGGACUGUUUGUGUGGAGAAAACACAGGAAAAAGCCUCACUUUGCUCAAGCCCAUGGGAACAUACAUCCUGUAUGGUUCCUCAAACAUGGUGACAGGAGAGACAAAAAGUUUCUUCAGUUUCGCAAAAUCUUGGUGGCAGGUUGAAAAGGUAAACCCUAUUAAACUCUAUGAGGAGAAUAAAGUCAUGGCCGGAUUCUCGCUCCUUAACCUCCUGUUCAAGCAAGGUGGAUGCAGACAAGUCCAAACUGCAGUGCAAAAACUUCUUUCCCUCUAUGAGCAAAAGAAGAUCAAGCCUGUCGUGGAUUCCCUGUGGGCGCUUGAGGAGGUGAAGGAAGCCAUGCAGAGAAUCCAUGACAGAGGUAACAUAGGGAAGCUCAUUCUGGACGUGGAAAAGUCUCCUACGCCUUUGAUGGCCAAUGACAGCACAGAGACCAGUGAAGCCGGCGAGGAGGAAGAGGAGCAAGAGGGAGACAAUGACAACAAGGAGCGAAUGCCCUUCAUUCAGUAAAACUACGCUCAACCAGAGACUCUCAUAAACCUGAUCUGAGCUCUGUGUGCCAUUGUGACCUGUAUGUGUUGUGUUUGGUCUUUUGUUUGUGUGUAUCUUCGACAAUGCAGUCAGAUAUACCCCAGAAAAAAACACUCAUGGUGUUAAAUGUUCGACUGAUGUGCCAUUCUUAGUGCUGUGUUGAGUUGUUGCAGUGUUUUAGACCAUAGUGUUCUUGUAGGAUUGACUCUUCAGUUGUGUUUUGCAUUUCGGAUGUUUUAUUUGGCCUCGUCAAUCAGCGGAUUGACAGAUGGCUGUGGUCAAAGUCCAAAAUUUACACUUGCCAAAAGACAAAUGGAAGUCAAACUUGGUUUUGGCGAGAAAAUGAAAGGAGAAGUUCACCCAAAAUCUGAAUUCUGUCAUUUAUUACUCAUUCUCAUGUCAUUUCAAUCCCCUGAGACCUCCGUUCAUCUUCACAACACAAGUUAAGAUAUUUUAGAUGAAAUCCAAGAGCUUUCUCACCAUCCAUAAACAGCAAUGGUCCCGAAACAUUUAA